AUGGCCUUUCGUAAAGAGAAGCCUGGACAAUACUGGGGAGAGCUUCAUCCAGAUUUGCUUGAUGAGAUAGCUAAACAUAUUUCUUCCUACGAUGACUAUGUUAGGCUUCGUGCUGUCAACAAAUCAUGGAACAAAGCUUUGCCUAAGAUCCCAACCAACGUAGCACUGAGAGGUCCAUGGCUAGUGCUGCCGUUCGACGAGGAAGUUUAUGACCAUCACUUGAGAUUGCCCGAGUUGAAGAACACAAAGAUACGCGGAUCUUCCUUCGGAUGGUUGAUCGUGGUUGAAACCGGUGGAAAAUUGCGAAUGUUGAAUCCAUUAACCGGUUCUUCCUUUGGUCUUCCACCAUUGUCAACUUUUCCAAAUGUGCUCAGUUAUCAGCCUGAUGAGCAUGGCAAGGAAUACACUGUAAAAAACUCAACUGUAGAUAAGGAAGAUUCAGAUGAACCCCCCUUUAUUGUUAUCAUUGACAGCAUUCAUAUGCAAAACAUGUUCAUUGAAAAGGUUGUUCUCUCUUCUCCCCCUGACGACCAAGACAAAGAGAAGUUCAUGGCUGUGGCUAUCUAUGGGUGGUAUCCUGAAUUGGCUUUUUAUAGGUUUGGUGAUGAUAAAUGGACAAAUCUUUCAUUUAUAGAUGCAUAUAGAGGGCUAGAAUCUGGCAUCCGAGAUGUCAUAUUUCAUCAAAGUAAGAUUUAUGCUAUUGAUGAAUACGGUUACCUUUAUGAGUUUGAGUUUGACAUGAGAACAGUAUCUGGUGGAAGAAUUUGGAAUGUGCAACGACCACGAACAUCUAUUACUAUUUGCAGUAGAAUUAAAUAUUUGGUUCGGAAUCCUGACGGCCAUCUAUUAAUGGUUCUGAGAUAUGUGGACUAUGGAAAUCGGCAAUUAAGAGAUCUUUACAAGACUGCUGGAUUUGAUAUAUUUGAAUUAGAUCAAAGUACAGGUCAGUGGUUCAGAAAGUUUAAUUUGGGAAGUUACGUCUUAAUACUCGGAUAUAAUUUAUCUACCUGGAAACCGCCUUUCGCUGAUGAAAAGGGGAAUUAUGCAAGGAAUUGUAUAUAUUUCACCGACAACAAUUUGAGUUACCACUUUGACUAUUAUGCAUAUGGUGGUCAUGAUAUUGGUGUAUUUAAUCUUGAAGAUGAAAGCAUCAGCCAACUAUUUCCACGCUCAACCUUCUUCAAUCCUCCUCCGGUUUGGCUAUCAUAA